AUGAAUAGUCAUCAUCAUCAUCAGUUCCUGUUUAUGUUCUUGCUCUUUUUUGCUCAAAAGAUUGAGCUUCUAACUACCGAAGCAUUCACUGGAACCUAUGGAAUAAAUUAUGGAAGAAUUGCAGAUAACAUCCCUUCACCAGAUGAAGUUGCUACACUUCUCAGGGCAGCAAAGAUUAGGAAUGUUAGGAUUUAUGAUGCAGAUCAUAGUGUCCUCACGGCAUUUAGUGGCACUGGGCUUCAACUUGUUGUUGGGCUUCCUAAUGGCUAUCUGAAAGAAAUGAGUGCUAAUGCAAGCCAUGCCAUGACUUGGGUAACAGAAAACAUUCAGGCAUUCCUUCCUAAGACCAGUAUAUGUGGGAUUGCUGUGGGUAACGAAGUUUUAGGAGGAGGUGAUGAUGAACUCAUGGAAGCUCUUCUGGGUGCUGUUAAAAAUGUUUACAAUGCUAUAAAUAAGCUUGGUUUGGCUGAUGUAGUUCAAAUUACUACAUCACAUUCACAAGCCGUUUUUGCUAAUUCUUACCCUCCCUCUUCCUGUAUAUUCAGAGAGAAUAUUGCUCAGUACAUGAAGCCACUCUUGGAGUUCUUCUCACAAAUUGGUUCUCCAUUCUGCUUGAAUGCUUAUCCUUUCCUGGCCUACAUGAGUAAUCCAGAAGAUAUCGAUAUUAAUUAUGCUCUUUUCCAGAAAACAAAGGGGAUAUAUGAUACGAAAACAGAUUUGCACUAUGAUAACAUGCUUGAUGCUCAGAUUGAUGCAACCUAUGCUGCUCUGGAAGACGCUGGAUUCAAAAAGAUGGAAGUCAUAGUUACAGAGACAGGUUGGGCCUCACGUGGAGAUGAUAAUGAAGCUGCAGCAACAGUUAAUAAUGCAAGGACAUAUAAUUAUAACCUACGUAAAAGGCUUGCAAAGAAGAAAGGUACUCCACUCAGGCCGAAAUUUGUGGUGAAGGCCUAUAUUUUUGCGAUAUUUAAUGAGAAUUUGAAGCCUGGACCGACUUCUGAGAGGAAUUUUGGACUUUUCAAGCCUGAUGGAAGCAUUUCAUACGAUAUUGGGUUUCAUGGACUUAAAUCUUCAUCAGCAGAUUCAUCACUUUUAUCUCUGAAGGUUGUCCGAGCUCAAGGUUUGUCCAAGUCUUACAUAUUGAUAUUGACAAUCUCUGCUGCGGCUUCACUUCUAUUUCUGAAACAAUAA